GACGUUUGAGAGACGCCUGCCUUUUGCCGGAAGCUGGAAAAAGAGGAGGAAGUGUUGGCGCUGUAAAGGGGGCUUUAGGGCUGUGGACUAACUGUCUCUCAAAAGCUCUGAGGUGCUUGAGGGGCUAUAACUUCCCGCUUUGGGAGAAGAGGCUGGAACGUGGGCGGAGGUGUAUUUCUGGUGUGUUUCCUGUACUUUAUUGGGGACUCCGAAUCCAGUCUAAGUUCUUCAGCUUAAUCAGACACUAUGGAGGCACCUCCCGUCACCAUGAUGCCUGUCAGUGGGGGCACCAUUAACAUGAUGGAGUACUUGCUGCAGGGAAGUGUCUUAGAUCACAGCUUGGAAAGCCUUAUCCAUCGCCUUCGUGGUUUGUGUGACAACAUGGAACCUGAGACCUUCCUUGAUCAUGAGAUGGUAUUCCUCCUUAAAGGCCAGCAGGCCAGUCCCUUUGUUCUAAGGGCCCGGCGCUCUAUGGAUAGGGCAGGAGCACCAUGGCACCUGCGCUACCUGGGACAGCCUGAAGUGGGAGACAAGAACCGCCAUUCCCUGGUGCGAAACUGCGUGGACAUUGCAACGUCUGAGAAUCUCACCGACUUCCUGAUGGAAAUGGGCUUCCGCAUGGACCAUGAGUUUGUGGCCAAGGGACACUUGUUCCGUAAGGGCAUCAUGAAGAUUAUGGUGUACAAGAUCUUCCGUAUCCUGGUGCCGGGGAACACGGACAGCACUGAGGCCUUGUCUCUCUCCUAUCUCGUGGAACUAAGUGUUGUUGCACCAGCAGGGCAGGACAUGGUCUCUGAUGACAUGAGGAACUUUGCAGAGCAGCUGAAACCUCUAGUUCACCUAGAGAAAAUAGACCCCAAACGGCUCAUGUGACUGAGACAAUCUGUCCACCGUUGGGACCUGUCUUCACCUGUUACAAAGAAGACAUUAUAAGUGCCCCAUUUCACCACUGCCAGCCGGGCAUUCUUCCCUUAGGAAGGACAGAAAAGCUUAAUUGGUUCUUUUCUGUUUUCCUCGUGUGUCAAGUUUACUUUUGUGACAGCCUUUCUAAAUUAAAGGCUCAGGAAAACAUGGAGACUCUAUUUAAUCCUUCUGCACAAAAAGGGGAAAUGGAAAUAAAUGAGCUUCUAGAAAGAAAAAU